GGGACGGCCCUUCGCGCCUCCAAGGAGGCCACUCGCGAUGAGCACGUCCUCGUUCAAGUAGAGGAUGAAGCUGGCGUGGAGAAUGCGGAGCCCUCUGUUUCCUCGCAGGCCGCCUUCUUUGCCGACGUCCGCGUUGAAAAGGCGGACUUUCUGCAGUCACCACCAGCGUUCGAGGAGGAGAAGGAGAAACAGAAGGAGGCCUCUACCCCUACGUUUUUACCAUCUUCUGCCCUUUUCUACUCCCUGCCCUAUCCGGAUCUGGAGGGCAGAGGUCUCGUCAUGAGCAUCAGCCAGGCCUUCUAUGAUAAUGACGUCUUCCUCGGUGUGAUGGGAGUGGACAUGCACGUAGCCGAUCUGCUCGACCAGGUGAUCCACUUUGGCAGCGGUGGCCAGCGCGUGGGCCACGGCUCCUCCAGCGCCUUCAUUGUACACGCGCCCAACGGCUACACGGUCUCCCACCCCGCCCUCACUGACCUCCUC